AUGCGAAAACUCAUUAGAAAACUUACCACGUUGACUGACUCUCACGUGCUUGCUGUAGCGUUCGACUUUGGUACAACAUACAGUGGCUAUGCCUUUUCAUUUCUGGACGACCCUUUAACGAUACGGACUAACCAAGGUUGGAUUGCAGGCAGUGAUCAGCUGAUUUCGCUGAAAACGCCAACAUGCGUGCUUCUAAAUCCUAAAAAGGAAUUUGACUCCUUUGGGUUUGAAGCUGAAAAUAAGUUUGCAAGUCUUGCCGAAGACGGACAACACCAUGACUGGCUUUUAUUUCGAAGAUUCAAGAUGCUCCUUCACAGUAACGAAAAUCUUUCAAGAACGACAACAGUUGAAGAUAUCAACGGGAAGUCAAUGCCAGCAAUGACAAUUUUUGCCAUGUCUAUUGGAUAUUUAAAGCGACAUUUCCUGGAAGCACUUAACAGACAGAAAACUGGGAUAGUGGACAGCGAUAUAAAAUAUGUCUUGACGGUGCCAGCUAUAUGGAAUGACAACGCUAAACAGUUUAUGAGAGAAGCUGCCGAGCAGGCAGGAAUAGAAACCAAACGCUUGAAGCUGUCUUUCGAACCAGAAGCAGCCUCGAUUUGGUGUCAGAUUCUCACGACGGAGGCAAAGGAAAGUCUUUCCAAGUCGGGAACUCAGUACAUGAUCAUUGAUCUUGGAGGUGGAACAGCUGAUAUCUCCGUACAUGAAAAGCAGAUAGAUAAUACAUUGAAAGAGCUGCACAAAGCUAGCGGCGGGCCGUGGGGAGGCACAGUCGUUGAUGAUAACUAUUUAAAAUGGCUGAAACAGAUAUUUGGAAGCGCUACCAUGCAAAAAUUCAAAGAAGAACAGAUGGAAGACUAUUUCCAACUCCUUAGAGAAUUUGAAACAAAAAAGCGAAGCAUCACACCAGAAUCCAGCGGAAAAAUCACCUUAAGACUGUCUGCUACACUAAAAGAACUUUAUCAAAAAAAUGAAAAAGUUCAGUUGGACGACAAAAUCACCUCCUUAGGAUUAAAGGACACGGUAAAAUUUGCUGGUGACAAGUUGAGAGUCGACGCUUCAGUUAUCAAGGGGUGGUUUGAUGCCCCGAUCAACAGCGUGAUCACGCAUGUACAACGCGUUCUUAAAGAACCAAACAUGCAGAGAGUCAAUACAGUUCUUAUAGUAGGUGGAUUUGGCGAAUGCAAGUUAGCACAAGACCAGAUUCAAAAAGCGAUACGGAACAAGUGCAUCAUUAUCCCAGAAGGAGCGGGUCUUGUUGUUCUAAAGGGAGCUGUUCGCUACGGGCACUCCCAAGAUAUUAUAUCAUCGAGGAUUAUGCCUCGCACAUAUGGCAUAUGUAUUUUAGAGAAAUUUGAUGAGCAAACACACUCCAGUGCUAAAAGAAUGAAAUUCCUAGACGGCGUGAAAUAUGCUAAUGAUGUUUUUGUCACAAUCAUACGAGCUGGAGAAGGGGUACAAAUAGGAAAAAUGAUAUCUAAAGGCCCAUACACUCCAACUGAUCCAGAUAAAACAAGUUUUGCUGUUUACUGUACAGAAAAGGUUGAUCCGAAAUACACUACAGAUCCAGGGUGCAAACUGUUGGGAAAGCUUAUAGUUUCACAUUCUAAUGGUCGACCCCGCAAAGACAACACAUUAAAUGCUUCAUUCGUAUUUGGUGACACUGAACUACUGGUUAAAGCUGUAAAUCUUAGAACUGGAGAAGAAUUUGCCACAUACAUUGAUUGUCUUUAGAAUGUGUUUGGGACACUUUCAGUUAAAUGGAAUUACUGUUGAAGUGAACUUAAAGUGGAAAUAUGGACAUUUUCAAGUAAAAGUCAAGCUAAAAUAGAUGUGUGUGUGUGUGUGUAAAAAGGGAGGGAGGAGGAAAUUAUAGCUUUUAACCCAAAAUACCAAUCUCUUCAUGUUACCAGUACGAAAUAAUAACUAUCUAAAUAUGA